UUCGCUCGUUCUUCUCCUCCUCCAGGAGUUAUUUUGCCAAGAGCAGCGUUUCACGUCUAUGUAACCUUCUGGCUGACACAGCUCUGCAGUGUUUUCUUAGCUUAUCUAAGGGCAAAUGUCAAAUUCAUGUCACUUCUGCUAUUUUUUUUUGUAUCUGUGAAGCCAGACGCUUUGUGAAAGAAGAAGAAAUCAUUGUAGAUUUUGUGUCUUGGAAGCAUGGAAUCAAUCUCUAUGAUGGGAAGUCCUAAGAACCUCAAUGAAACUUUUCUACCAAAUGUUGCCAAUGGCGUCAAGGAUGCCAGUAAGAUCAAAAUAGGCAUCAUUGGAAGUGGAGACUUUGCUAAGUCAUUGACAAUUAGGCUUAUCAGAUGUGGGUACCAUGUGGUCAUAGGAAGCAGAACUCCUAAACUUGCUGCCGAGUUCUUUCCCCAUGUGGUUGAUGUCACUCACCAUGAAGAUGCAGUAGCAAAAACAAACAUCAUUUUUGUAGCCAUACAUAGAGAACACUAUGCCUCUUUGUGGGACCUCAAGCAUUUGCUCGCUGGUAAAAUUCUCAUAGAUGUCAGCAAUAAUACAAGAGUAGACCAAUAUCCGGAUUCCAAUGCAGAGUAUUUGGCAUCACUUUUCCCAGAUUCCCUGAUUGUCAAAGGAUUCAAUGUUGUUUCAGCUUGGUCACUGCAGUUAGGACCAAAGGAUGCCAGCAGACAGGUGUAUAUAUGCAGUAACCAUGUUCAGGCUCGCCAUCAAGUUAUUGAGCUUGCCCGUCGGCUCAGUUUUAUUCCUAUAGAUUUGGGGGCAUUGUCAUCUUCAAGGGAGAUUGAAAACUUACCUCUGCAACUGUUCACACUGUGGAAGGGGCCUGUACUGAUUGCCAUUAGCCUGGCAACAUUUUUCUUCAUCUAUUCCUUCAUCAGAGAUGUAAUCCAUCCAUAUGUGAGAAAUCAGCAGAGUGACUUUUACAAGAUCCCCAUAGAGAUCGUGAACAAGACUCUACCAGUUGUUGCUAUCACUUUACUUUCUCUAGUGUAUUUAUCAGGACUUAUUGCAGCUGCUUAUCAGCUUUACUAUGGAACUAAGUAUAGGCGAUUUCCACCUUGGCUGGACAGCUGGCUCCAGUGUCGAAAGCAGCUUGGACUGCUCAGUUUCUUCUUUGCAACGGUGCAUGUGGCAUACAGCCUCUGCUUACCUAUGAGGAGAUCGGAGCGAUACUUGUUCCUCAAUAUGGCAUAUCAACAGGUUCAUGCAAAUGUUGAGAAUUCUUGGAAUGAGGAAGAGGUGUGGCGAAUUGAAAUGUAUAUCUCCUUUGGAAUAAUGAGUCUUGGAUUGCUUUCUUUGCUGGCAGUAACUUCCAUCCCUUCAGUAAACAGUGCCUUAAACUGGAGGGAGUUCAGUUUUAUUCAGUCUACACUUGGAUACAUUGCUCUGCUCAUAAGUAGUUUCCAUGUACUGAUUUACGGAUGGACCAGAGCUUUUGAAGAAGAAUAUUACAGAUUUUAUACACCACCAAAUUUUGUUCUUGCCCUUGUUCUGCCCUCUAUAGUAAUUCUAGAGAAUGAAAACAGCAGCUCCACAGAACAAGAAGAAUCUAGCAUCAAACUCUACCCUCAAUUACACCAGCCUAAGUCUAAAGAGUCCAUGUUUGUUGUUCUUAAUUUCUUUUCAAAAUUCAAAAAAUCUACAACAAUUUUAUUUUCAUUAUAGUAUCCAUAUUCCCUGAACUUACUCAUCAAGCUUAAGAUCAAGUGUGUCUUCUGGGUUUAUUGCAGCUUGAGACACAGUUGGACUUUCUUUCAUUUUAAGGAUAUUCAAAUCUGGAGAUGAGAAAUACAAUAUUUGCGUGACUCUUUCCAGAAUUAAAACUUUUUUUUAAUGUCUUUAAAUGGGAGGUCAGUAAAUUCUAUUCGACAAUGGAGGUUUCUGAAAACUUUUUUUCUAAAAAGAAAUCAACUAUAAUUUAUAUGUCAACAGAAAUUUGAGAUGUCGUUUUCAGUUCACAAAUUUUCAGUUUCAAAUAGCUGGAAAACUGUUUUUUCUCCUUUUUGAGCUACAGGGGGGAAACAAAUGGAAGGAGAAAAUUAAUUUUAUUUCACCAUUUUUUGAAAAGUAACAGCUGUCACUGGUCAGACUCAUGUCUUUGAGACUUUUUUCCAAUAGUUGAUGGGUGGCAGAUGCUUCCAAAAAGACAGCAUAUGUCCUCUGAUUCUUCUCCUGACUUAACUUCUUGGAAAUCAAUAAUUUAGGACUUUGAGACAGGUGCUGCCUCUGCACUACUGUAUUAACAGCUACUUCCUCCAAACAUUCAUCUAACAUUUUUAGAAAUUUGAAACUUUCCCAGUUUUUUACAGGAAAAGAAAAGAUGGAAAAGAAAAAAAAAGUUUAAUGAAUCUGUCAAAUUAGUAUAAAAAUAUUGUUUUUUCUUUUUUCCAAAACCAAAUCAGUUAGUUUCAAGACACUAAUUUUAUUGUCCCUCCUCUGCUAUGUAGUUACUUCAGUGAUACUUGUGGUGAUUCAUAAAUACAAUACUUUUAUCUAACAUUCUGGAGAUGGACAGGAGCCUAAAGUAAGACAAAUGAGAUUUUCCCAUAAAAAUGAAGAACAAGUGACAGCUACAACUUCUAACUUACUUUUCCAAUACAAAAAAAUGUGUAUUUUUUGAAAGGCUUGCAGAGUUAUAUGUAACUGGAUUUCCUUGCCUGUUUCCUAUUCCAUUAUUGCAGAGUGUAAUCACACAAAGCUUCAGCAUUUUAAAAUUAAUUUUGAAAUAAAAUCAAUUAAAAAAACUUAGAAUACCUAAACUCUUGAAGAAUUUUAAUAGGAUAAAUACCAUGCUACAUUCCACACCAGACCUGUGCAUGAAACUGCAAUAUGAUGGUAUAACUAAGGUCAGAAUUCCAUACCUCUGAACAAAUUUAGGGCAGAAAUCAUUACUGUUAACAAUCUAAUUACAUUUCAAAAUUAAAUAUGCUAUUAUUUUAUAGUAGCUCUACACUUCUAUAGAAUAGGUAAUUAACAUUCAUGUUCCCUUCAAUUAUCUGAUUCACUAUGGCAAAUAAUAGCGCAAUAGCAGUAAUGUUGCAGAAUUAAGAUACUGUGCUAAUUGAAAAUUACUAUCAAAGUCCAUCUGUAUUGCACUGCAAAGUAACCAUUGACAGUAUAUAUAGAAAUGUAUUGGCCUUCUUUCCUAUGCAAAAAGUUAUUAUUUCAUCAUUAAAUUUCUUCAAGAAUCUUUAAACUGUUAAAUUUUGAACUGCCAAAGGUGACUGGAGAGAAUAAUGAUGUGUUGUUCCUUUUUUUAGCACUGUGUGUGUGUAGAAAAUUUAAAAAGUGUUUUGAAUUUGUAAGUUACUUGAAAGGUUGAAAUAUUAAAGUAUUAUUAAAUAGAUUAUAUUUUUAGAUCAAAUAUAUGAAAACAUUUUUGUUAAAUAUUUGUGCUACAAAAUGACAUAAGGUUUCAUAAUGGUUUCCCAUUAGGUCGUGUAUUUACUUCUAACUGGAACAACAAGUUGACUUGCGAUUUAAUAUUUUCUAGUGUUCUUUAAGGACCAAUUCACUCUAAUAUGACACUGUUAAGACUGAAAGUAAAAUGACGCUUUUGUAUUUACUACACAUUAGGUACCAUAUCAUGCCUAUGCUGAGUCACAUAAGGAAUCUUUAUUCAUGUGAUUCAAUGCGUUGAGUUCUAUAGAGCAACUCACAUUAGGAGUUCUCAUUGGAAAAAGAUCUGAGGCUAAAAGUUUAGUUGUAAUUGCCUAAAUAUAAUCAACUACAUUCACUUAGCUGUCUUAGCUACUUAGAAGAAUAAAUACAUAUUUUGAGGAAUAGACUGCUAUAAAAAUAUUUUAUGUAGCUUUAUAUAAAUUUCUUACUGCCUAAUGAAAAAUGAAUAAUGAAAUAAACUUCCUUUCUCUUCAUUACUCUUCAAUAAAAAAAAGAUAGUGCUUAAUAUAUAAUACAGAACUGCACACAUCAUAUUAGAAAAUUGAGACCUCUAUUUAUUUAGCAACAGGUUAUUUGUUUUCUAUGGAUAUUAAGAUAUUCUUUCUUAACCUUGUCUAAAAUACAGUUCUAUUACAGGUUCCAUGUGUGUCUUUUCCCUUACAAUUCUAUUAACUGUGGCAACUCCGUACAAGUUAAUUAAGUACCCAUGUUCUUGAAUUAGUCAGAGAUUCAUUAUUUUGUGAUUGUUUAGCAAGUGGUGAUGCUUGUGGUGAUGGUUACUGUGAAUUUGUGCCACAUUUAACUUUUUGUUCCAGCACUGUUCAUUAUAUGAUGUACCAACCUAAGAAAGUAUAUUUGUAUUUUUAUUUGACAUUCAUUACCUAUAAAAUACUCUGUCUGUCUUCAUGUGUGUCUACAUGUUAUUAGCUAUAUAAGCUGCCCUACUAGCACUAUGGGAAAUUAUUAAUUAAUAGAAGGCAAUGAGUGUCCAAGGGGCUAUAAAUUUCCCAGAUAUUAAUAUAGUUAGGAAACAGCUUUUAUCAGAAUGUGAAGAUUUCCCCUGGAAGUUAGAUAUAUCAGGUGCAUAAAAAUUAGAUAAAAUGAGUUUUUCAAUAUAAUAUUUUCGUAUAUGCAGUGGUAGUAGAUGCAUCGGACUGUGUCUCCUCAUACACAAGUUUUUCAUUUCUUGGCUGUUCAUCCUGUAGUAUUUCUAUUAAUGUAAUGAGUAAUGUUGCAGAACUGAUACCAUGUCACUAUAUGAUAGUGCUUGAAUUAAUUGGAUUACAACCUUUAAAAUAAGUGAUACAUUGAACUGACUUGAACAAUGAUCUCUCUCAAUAUAUAUUAUUUCUCAUGCCUUGCUGUCAGUGUCUUGCAGUGAGCACAGUACAAAUCCAUGUGCAAUACUUUCUUUGCAGCGGUGUUUGUCAAUUCAUUUGUGCUAUCUUUCUGAACAGGGCUAUUAUAAAUUAUUAGUAAUGCUGAUCUAUUUUUCUAUAGACUGUGUUUUACACAAGAAUCAAUAAAAAGUUGAUGUUACUUGGCUUUUUCUUCUGUGUUUAUGCAUAAUAAAUUUCAGCUUGCUUUUCUUUGUAAUAUGUGUCCUCUGAUAAACAUUUUUCUGGAAAGGCAGAACUUGAAUGUGAGUUCAUUAAAAAAAAUUCUAAAGGGCAAUUUGUUCCUUUUGCAAAAGCUGAAUAAUAGAUAUUUCACACAGACACACUGGAAAGCUACAUCCCAUGCCCUGCUGUGAGGUAUUCUCAAUGUUUGCAGAACAAAGAGUGAACACUACAGUACUAUUAGCGUAUAUUCAGUCCACUUUCCAUUCCACAAAUAAAAGGUUUGGCAAAAGUGAGACUGCUAGGCAGAAGCAUGUUUGCCAGGUUGAGACACUCUUCCGGUUUGGCUGUGUGUGAGAGAAAACAUUACUGUUUAAAUGAGAAAAACAGGUGAAUCACUUUGCAAUCCUUCAUUUGGAAAUAUAUAACUUUUUUUCAAAGAGGCUUACACUAGUACAAGAGGAAAGCAGAAAAGAAUACAUGACAGGUGAAAUCCUGCUUAACUAGAGGUCAGCAGGAUGAACUGUUCUGAGUUCAGAGAAGUCAGUGAAGCUGGGAGGAUUUGCAUUGCUUUCAUAUUAAGUAACAUAGCCUUCUCAGAUUUCUAAAUGGAAUUUAGGUAUUUUUUAAACUGAAAAUAUUUAAUAUGUAUUUGUGCCAUGCCUGACAUAACAAUAGCAUUUUGGUUCUUGAAGUCUUUGUUUUCUUAGCUUGUUUAAAGUCUCACCCUGUUUCUCUGUAUCACUGAGAGUAGAUACUACACUAGCAGCUGGGACCCCGAACUUACCCCUUUGUCCAGCUGUACCUUGUACUGUACAAAAGUGCGAGUUCUGUCUACUGUAACUUCCUGCAUUUCCUUACAAUAAUAAAGAUCAAUAUGAAAGUCCCCCUCAAAUCCAUACCCCCUGACCUGAACACUGUAUUUUAAUAGAACAGGUGGGUAAAUAUAGAUGAUGGACACUCUGUUGACUUUACUUAAGAUUGAGUUUACUGCCAGCCACUUUGCAGGUCUUUUGUUUUUUCCUGUAGAUAUCAAACAUAGGAGGUCUGGCAGGAUAGUUCCAUACUUUACUGUUCCUUUGCCCCUCCUUCUUUUUCUCCUUCCUACUGACCAAAAAUAAAUAAAUAAGUAAAAGAAACAAGAAGGAAAACAAGAAAGAUUCUGAUUUCUGUACUAUAAAGACUGAGUGUCAUAUUUGAUAAAAAGUGCAGCUAGGUUUAAAAAAUGUCUACAGGUUCCAUACAGCCAAGGAAAGGACAUCACUUAGUCAGGGGCGAAAGACUCCCACCGCAACACAUGGGAAAGGUGUAUCCUGUACUGAAUAACAGUCCUUCAGGAGUUUGCAACCUGAUUUGUAAGACGACAGAUACAGAGUGGUCAAGGAAAUAAUUCACUCAGGAAAGUCAACAGGAGAUUAAUGGCAGACCUAGAUACAGAACCUUGAUCUUCUAAAGCACAGAUGUGUCCUACAUGUUUGACUACACAGUCCUGUAGUUUUAUGAAAUUCAAAUUUACUUCAAGAAUAGAGUUUGCUGUAACGUCUCUUCACACCAAAAGUGUUGAUCCUCAGUCAAAACAGAAAUCCUUUCUACAUCGUCUGCUUCUUAAAUAUAUUCCUUUGCAUUUGUAAGACUAGACAUUUAAUACUUGUGUAUUAAUACUCUCAGAAGUUAGGUACUGUAGCCUUGAUGACUCAAAUAGUAUUUGUUACCCACAGAAGAGGUACAUGUGGCAAAAAAAUACAAGAUAAGCCUGUUUGGGGAAGAAAACUGUUAAGUAAAUUCACAGUUGAUUAUAGGGUUUUGAGGAUGGAUGUUUGCUAUUUGCCAAGGGCAGCAGAAUCCCUGUAGUCAAACUUGCACAGUGCAGCUUUCAUCCCAAUUUUUAAAAGCUUCAUUUAUGAAGAAGGAGCACAGUGAGCAAAUGGAGCUUUGCAAUAUGAUCUUUGGAACAGUGAGCCAACAAAUGGCAUGUGACCUAAGCUUAUAAUUUACAGACUAAGUUCCCCAAUUUAGGUAUUUUCUCUAUACGUUCGUCAUUCAAAACACAAGCAACAGGACUUAAAACGACUUAAGCCACAGCAAAAUUAAUUUUAGUGCUUUUUUUUCAUAAGCUUAAAACCUUUGAAUACAUACAAUUUCAGUAAGCAUCUGGGCACCAAGCAAAAAAAUAUAUAUUUCAGUUUGUUUAGUACUAACUACUUGCAAACCUAUAAGCAUUGUCAUUACAAUUCAUCUUAAAUGCUUAAUAAA